GGGCCGGGGCCGGGGCCCGGUCCGUCGGCCGCCAUGCCGCUGGUGAUACUGUGCGGGCCGCCGGGCAGCGGCAGGAGCCGUCGCGCCGAGGAGCUGCGCCUGGCGCUGGGGGGGGGCGGGGCGGUGCGCGUGGUCAGCGAGCGGCCGGCGGGGCCCGGGGGGGCGGGCGGGGAGGGGGCCGGGGAGGCGUUGGGCCGCGCCGCCCUGCGCGCCGCCGUGGAGCGGCACCUCAGCCGGACCCAGCUGGUCGUCGUGGACGCGCCCAACGGCGUCAAGGGCUUCCGCUACGAGCUCUACUGCCUGGCGCGCGCCGCGCGCACCCCCUGCUGCCUCGUGCACUGCCCGCCGCCGCCGCCAAGCGCCCCCGCCGACGGCGACGAGCCCGCCGACGACGAGGAUGAGGCCGCCACCGCCGCCUUCGAGGCCCCGGACCCCCAGCGGCGGUGGGAGCGGCCCCUGUUCACGGCGGGGCCGCCGGAGGAGCCGCUGCCCGUGGCGGCCAUCGCCGCCGCCCUGCUGGAGGGGCCCGCCCCGAGACCCCCGCCGCCGCCGCCGCCGCCGCCGCCGCAGGCCACCCGGGCCCAGCCGCUGGCCUCCGACACCUUCCUCCACCGGCUGGACCGGGCCACCGGGCGGGCCGUGGCCGCCCUGACCGAGGCCCAGCGCGCCGCCCGGCCCGGCGACCCGCUGGCGGUGCCCGGCGCCACGGAGCGCCUGCCCUUCACGCGGCCCCUGGCCCCGCCCGAGCUCCACCGCCUCCGCCGCCAGUUCAUCUCCUACGCCAAGACGCACCCCAACCGGGAGAACCUGCCCCAGCUCACCGACAUGUUCCUCCGCUACCUCAGGCAGAACCUCGGCUGAAACGGCCGCCCCGAGACCCCCGGCCGGCCGCGGCACCUUCGACGGUUCACGCCUCUCGCGCUUCAAUAAAUCCGUUCCGAGAAAGA